CGUGAGAAGUGGAACUAUUAUUUGCGAGCCAACAGCAGUCGAUACGCCACGACUAUCCAUUGAACACUUACUGCUUUUUAAAGAUGCUCUCAUGCAGUUUAUUGUAUAACUUGUCAGAGGUUGUUUUUAAAGCAUUUAAACUGCAUUUAUUGCCGUUCCCUUGCGUUUAAAAACUCCUAAAUAAAGGGAAACAAGCAAGCGCAUGUGCGCACGUGGACACCGGAAAGAUGCACCUUGCGUUUGUACUGACGCUGAAUUUCUGGGUUGUUUUUGCAUGUCAGUUGCCCACCGAGUGGCGACCCCUCAGCGAGGGCUGUCGGGCUGAACUCGCCGAGAUCAUCGUGUACGCCAAGGUGCUGGCCAUCCAUGUGGAGCCGUACGCGUCAAGCCUGUACAACUACCUGCCGUAUCAACAGCACGAGCGCGCGGAGGACGCGCUGCUGUACUCGGCGGAGGUGGAGUUGCUAUGCGACCAGGCGUGGGGCAGCAUGCUGGAGGUGCCCGCGGGCUCGCGCCUCAACCUCACGGGACUCGGGUACUUCAGCUGUCAGUCACACACGGUGAUUGAGAACAACUCCUACAUCUUUUUCCUCAGGAUGGAUGAAAACUACAACAUGCUUCCUCAUGGAGUUAACUUCCAGGAUGCCAUAUUCCCUGAUACACUGGAGAACAGACAAAUGUUUUCCAGCCUCUUUCAGUUCUCAAACUGCUCUGGCGGACAGAUGAUGCACAACUUUAAUAGUGAUUGGGAGAGCCAAGAAGACAGCAGGUUGUUGUGCGCCUCUGUGCAGAAGGUGUUGUUUGAGGAGGAGGAGAGGGUUGGGCAGCUCCAGGAGCGUGUGGCCGAGCUGGAGAGGAAGAAUAAGCAGCUAAAAGAGCGAGUGGGGAAACUGAGGCAUUCCCUACGGAAAACCCGUAAAGCUUCUCGCCAUGCGGAGAGGGAACGACAAGAUCUGCAAGAGUGCCUUACUACCGCAGAAAGACACGCUGGACAUCAUCUCAAUGCCAUUCCACCCCAACACAGCCCUUCACGCCACAGAUACACACAUGGACUGUGAGCUCUAAUAUACACACACUCACACACAGUACAUCUGACUCCGCAUAUAUACAUGCACACAUGAAAACACAUGGACUCAUGCAGACUGCAGGGCAGUCUGUUUUUCAGAAAAUAUCAUGCCUAACCGUAACUGCUAAAAUAAUAAAUUCUGCCCACUUUUUAACUCUUCCCUGCACUGGAAGGCAGCACUGUAUUAAAGCCCCUUAGCGGCUGUUCAGACCGAACGUGUUUUUGCAUGGUUGACAUUUUUGUUUAUCUAUCUAUGCAAACAUGUGCUAGAUGGACGUUUUUGAACAUUGCGCCAUGUCUCGCUGAUAAGCGCCACGUUUUUAAAAUGCUGUCAAGUUAAAAGAACUUCACAUUUCAAGAUACAUGCUUUCUGUUUCAUUUGUUCCGCUGUGUCUAGGUUUUUAAAGCAAGAACACGUCCGGUCUGAACUGCCCCUUACACUUCUAUUUAUUGUUUUUUUUCCCCUCCACAAUUUUUCUGCGAUUAAUUCAGCUCCCAAUGCUUAACGUAAACUUUAAACUUUGUUUUGUGUAUAAUUUCUGCCUUAGGUGUGCUGUAUUAAGUUUUGUGUUUUAUAUACCUUUGAAAUUUAUACUCAGUAAGUAAAUUGCUUUUUAAAAAACUUAAAGAAUUUAAUUUUACUAUCUCCCAAAGACGCGCACUGAUGUAAGGCAUGUUCAACUUUUAAAAUAUAUCUGAUUGCAAUGAUUCAAUAUUGACAUACUGAAUUGUGAUUGGUCUUUCAAACAAACAGCGAGGACAGUUUAGAUGGGACGGUAGAUGGGAUGGGAGCUAAAUUACAAAAAUCUCUUUUUCCCUUUAUGUACAUAAAUAAUUUUUUGUUCUUUUCAUACCCUACAUUUAUUCAAUUAAACUUUUGAAACAGAUUCUUUUUUUGUUUCAGAUCGCAAAUACCAAGAACGAGAUUUUUUAAAGCUGACCUGUGUGAUUUCUCCUUUCAUCUGCUGAGCAGAAUGUGGUAGAGAGAGGAGCAAUGGGAGAAUGUGUGUUUAACAUGUGAGAAAUGAUUGCCUCCCUCAUAUUCCCAAAUCACUGCAGGAGUUCAGGUUAUGAGGAAGCAGAACUAUAAGUGUAAUAUCAGAUGAUGUAUCUUUAAAAAAAAACACACACACACACACAUUGCGGAAAUGAUAGCUUUGAGUUCAUAAUUUCUUCAAUUUAGAAAAUGGUAGGAUCUUAAUCUGCUCUAAUUACACAUUGUGAACUAACAAUAAACUUAAAAGGACUGCUGUUCAACGGCUGUCACACAAAACCACCAUCACGGCAAAUUAGUGUGAUGACGAUGCAAAAUUAAAAGCAAAACUCUAGACAGGUCAGUCUCAUUCCAAACUCUUCUGCAACCCAAGCAAACAUUAUCAGUUGAUCUCAUGAACAUUAACCCCAGCUGAUCCCUCUAAAAACAUAUGUAACUGAAGUUUAUCCACUAUAAACACAGUCUGAGUCUGUUAUCAAAGUGUUUGAGUGUGAUAAAAUAUCAGACAUUAGGUUGAUAGCAGGAUGAUUUGAAGGAAUGGUGAACAGUGACUGAAGUUAAACUAACAAAGAAAUAAACCAGAGAUAGAGGGCUAAGGACAAUAUUAAAGGUUUAGUCACUUGAUAAUAGCCAGUGGUGUCUCUACAUUAGGUGGCACUUUGGUGCAAAUUGCAUGGCAUUAAAUAAUUCAAUCAAUUAAUUAUAUGGAAUAAUAAAAAGAUUUCCCCACAAACUUGAUCAAAUAACGUGAAGUUGGAUUUUGUUACUAUUUGAGAGAAUCUCUUGAAAAUAUGUCCCGGUUGUAUUUCACCCAAAAAAAUAAUUCUUUAAGGACCCUUAAGAUAUUUUUGCAUUGUGACAUUUUCAUGAAAACUAAGCACGUACUUUUUGUGUAUGCACUCAGAGUCAGAGUGCUCCAUAUGUGAGCAACAUAUUGUACUAAAACCUUUACAUAAUAUGCCAUGGGUCAACAGAUGUUAAACUAGAGACAGUAUAAGACGGACCGUUCUUUGAAAAUUAAUGGGAGAAAUUGUAAUGCUCAAAAUGGCGGCAGUAGGAAAGGAGCCUAAGGAGCCCCUCCUUUCACCUAAAAGAGCCAAUUGCCUUAUUGGUAAAUUGGUCCUGAAUUGGCCUGGUCUUUGCAUUAGAAUGCGGACACACAUUUGCUGAACCAGCCUGAAAAAUACAGUUUUUAGGUUGAUUUGAGCUAAAGAAGUAACAGUUUUGGAAAAUUAAUUCUUUCUCCACUCAGGUAGAUAGGAGCAGUAGUUGCAUGACUAGUAAAUAACUACUGAUAACGUUGCCAAGAUGGCUGCCAAGUGCGUUAAUUUGUCUUUAAAGUACUUUGAUUAAUCUCCCUCACCAUGCUUUCAACUGAAAAUGAGUUUGUAAAUGGACAAGCAGAUUUCUACUGAAAAAUCCAUGACAAGUUUGCACAAAUGAACGACUGUCAUGCAAGUUCAAGUGGGCUUCAUUGGUGAGUCAGUCUGAUUCAGUUCUAAUGUGUUGUUGAUUGGCUGUAUUCAAAGCACACUGUUCAUUUAGUAAUUGUAGGAUACUGCUUUUAAAAUACUGCUGUUGAUUUGACUUGCACUUGACCAUAGUAGUGGCACAGUAUUCAGUACCUUUCAUUUGCUUGGUUUUGUUACUGUUCAUGCAAGUUGUGUGAGAUUAUAUGCACUCUUUUUUAUAGUUAUGUUUGAUAUGAAAUGACUAGGGAGGUUUGUACAUGCACUCAUGGUGGGUUAGGCAGUGUGUACUCGCACAAAUAAAUAUUUUUCAAAGCAAUAUGGGCUAAUACUCUCCAAUAGUUUCUAAGAAGUAUGUAAGCCAACAUACAUGCUUAAUUCUUCCAGUUGUCUGUAUGCCACUAUUUGGGAAAAUUACUUUUUUUAAGCCAUGGGCAUCCACUGGAAUGGCCCCCAGUGGCCCUUCAGUAAAUCACAGUGUUCCGAACAUUUUCUUUUGUUGUUGUUUUCUUUUUUUUUUUGCCUUAGAAAACUAACAUUUGCAUGACUCACAAUUUCCCACUUGUAGAUUUGAUAAACUGCACACUGAAAUGGGCUGCGAAGGUAAAGCAGUUGUAAGUCAUUUAUUUUAAGAGGAUAAUGAGAGGGAAAUUCUGCCGGUCCCUGAGACAGCGUAAAAAGAGAAAAAAUGUGUUCUACUAAAGGGAAAUCUAUAAGAUGUUUAAGAUACUGUCAGGCCUGAAGAAGUACACAUAGCAUAGAACAAAGGGAAGCACUGGAUCUGUUUGGACCAAAAGUCAUAUACUGUAACACUUAAGUGUUUUCCAUAUUUACAGUGGUGGUCCAUCAGAGGAGAAAAGGGAUAAAAUAAACCGCUAUUUAAUCAAUGUUUUACUAUUGCGCACAAUUUAGAUGCAUGUAAUGUAUAAAGUAUGCCAUAUUUUAAAGUAGUGUGUUUUUUAAUGUGUGGUAGCCUAAUUGGAAUCAGUGCAUGAAAGCAGGAGCAGCCUGACAGCCUAAAAUCUCCUCUGAUAUGGUUGACCAUUCAGAAUGACUAUGCAAAUGAUGCAAUGUAAUUUUUUUUUUUGUCAAAUAUGCAGCUCUUUCUGUAUAAAUAACCUGGCAAACCCUUUUCAAGGAAUGGUCUGGGUUCAAUCAAAAACAAAAAUCAUGGUUACUAUAAGGCACUUAGAACGGGGUCAGUCCAUACAUGCAAAAAUACACAUUAUUUCAGAAGUUUAGCCACAAGGCAUUAAAAUUAGAUGUGUAAGCAUGAUUUUUGUGUUAUAAAAUAGCUUUCAAACCUUAUCUGUGUAAAGUUAUAUUCAAUAUAACAACUUUGUUGUCAUUACAAUGAAACCCUGUAAUCCCGGUACUGGAUAUAACUACACAGACGAGGUUAGUAAACCAUUUUAUCAUACUAAAUCAUGUUAACCCAUAUAAUGUUCAUGUCUUGUUGACCUACUUUUGAAAUGCUGUGUAUUUGAAUGUUAAUUGGCUGGCCCCAUUCACUUCCAUUGUAAGUGCUUUACUGUAACCAUUUUUUUAAUAAACAAGGGGCGAAUCUAAAUGACUUUUUGUGGUUAUCAUUUUGUCACAAAUGCUGUUGAUUGAGCUUAACUUGUAUU